UUCUCCUCAAAUCUGCACAACAACCUCAGAGCUACACUGGAAAUGUUUUUUCUUGUCACAGAGGUGACUACCUACCCCUGCGACACCUCUCACGUCACCCGCCUUAAUUUAACCAAUCGUCAGUGAUCUUCUUCGUAGAAGAGUGCGUGUGUGCAAGCGAGCGACACGCGGCAGAUGGAUGUAAUAAAACCCCUCAGUGAUCGGUUAAUUGGUUAAUUUGAGAUAGUAAAAAGUGCAUUUGGAACACAGAGGAAAGUGAUGCUUCAGCACGCUGGAUAGCUCCCCUUUGGAACAGGAUUACUUUAUCGUUUCUCUGCAUCUGCCCACCAGUAGACCAAGGAUGAGUGGAAACCUGUCUGUUUGGGUGUCUACAUCUGCUAAACCUUUACACAGUACGUACGUUUUCUACACACACAACGUGUCUGCUUCAGGAUCGCCUCCACCCUGGGAGGCUCCAUCGUUCACUGUGGCUGCCCGAUGCAGGGUUGCAGCCACCCUGGUGCUAUUCGUCUUUGCUGCCAUUAGUAACCUGUCUGUCCUAAUCAGCGUUUGCUGGGGGCGUGGCUAUCGCCUAGCAGCUCACUUGCGCCCACUUAUCGCCAGCUUGGCAUCCGCUGAUCUAAUGAUGACCUUUGUGGUGAUGCCACUGGAUGCCAUCUGGAACAUUACAGUGCAGUGGUAUGCUGGCAGUUUCAUGUGUAAGCUGUUGUGUUUUCUCAAGCUCUUUGCCAUGCACGCAGCCGUGUUCAUAUUAGUGGUGGUGAGUCUGGACCGCUACCGGGCCAUCCUGCAACCUCUGGAUUCUCUUGAUGCUGGCCUCAGGAACAAACGCAUGGUGCUAGCGGCCUGGAUACUGAGUCUGCUACUGGCUGCACCACAGCUAUUCAUCUUUCGGGCCAUCAAAGCUGAUGGAGCGGACUUCACUCAAUGUGUUACUCAUGGAAGUUUCCCACAUCGCUGGCAGGAGACAGCAUACAACAUGUUUCAAUUUGUGACACUGUAUGUCUUCCCCCUGCUUGUUAUGAUUUUCUGCUACACGCGCAUCCUCACCAAGAUCAAUGGGCAGAUGCAAAAGAGCAAAGAUGGUGAGCACUGCUUGAGGCGCAGUGGAACAGACAUCAUACCCAAAGCCCGGAUGAAGACCCUAAAGAUGACCAUUGUGAUUGUUAGCUCCUUUGUCAUUUGCUGGACGCCUUACUACCUCCUGGGGAUUUGGUACUGGUUCCAACCAUCCAUUAUCAAGCACACACCAGAGUAUGUGCACCAUAUACUCUUUGUCUUUGGCAAUCUGAACACGUGCUGUGAUCCAGUUAUCUAUGGCUUCUACACAGCAUCUUUCCGGGCUGAUGUUGCUGAUGUGGUCGUGUGCUGUCGUGGUCGCCAAACCCACAAUGCCUUACGCUACUCUGUCGACCAUCCCUCUGGUCACAGUCCUGGAGCUUCUGGGGAGAUGGAGUCUGAUCUGAGUUCAAACCAGCAUAACCACAAAAACUGCUAAUGUAUGUGUGUUUUCUGUCAGGUCAUCUGAACUUAGAUAAAAAAGUUCUCUAUCCUAAAUGACUAUAUAUACCUUGCAUGUAGGUCCACAAUCUCUCAUAUGAUCCAUGGAAGAAGACGUGUUACAAUUCAGCUCUAUAGCAUCAAUCAGGUGGUAUCACUUCAAAUAAAUACACCUGUAUAGGAAGAUUCAUGAAAGCAAUCGCUAUGGCACCAUCGUAGUUUGGUCUACUUGAUGAACAAAAACAACCCAGUUUGGUUUAGACACAAAAACUUCAAAAUAAUCAUAGAGUUUUUAUAGGGAUACAGGGCCUCCAUUAUCAUGAUGAUCUCAUGAUGUCAAGAAAAAAAAACACGAUGCCACACAUAAAUAUGUUACUGUUGGUUGGCUGCAAAGAAAUUGCAAUCAGUCAACAGUAACAUAUAGAUAAACCUCUACAUGGAUCACGUGACAUGCAUAGGCCCAGUAGCAUUUUUCCUACAGUAUGCACUGCAUUUUUUGCAAGGUGAGCAGCUAUAAGGGAUGAAAGCAUUAGUUAGAAAGCAGCGUAGUGGUUAGCACUGCUGCCUCACCAGCUCCUGCAUGGGUUUGCUCUGGGUCCUCCCACAGUCCAAGACAUGCAGUUAAGUUGAUUGGAGAUUGAGAAUUUCCCCUAAGUGAGACAGUGUGUGGACCUGGACUGACAGCAGGUACAGGAUGUGCCCUAGCUAUUGCAUGAAUUACAUUCCCUGCAACUGAUAGACACCGAUAGACAAUCAGUAGACAUGUUUACCAACAGUAAGAAGUUGUGAGACGUUUCAGUAAUCCAUCUCACCGAACUGUGUCAAUCUUCACCAGCAUUAAGAGAUAUGCCUCUGAUACGCAUGCUCACAUGCAAUGCUCUAGUGUACGUUGUUUUACAUGUAGAGAGAUGAGGAACAUUCUAUGAUCUGCGCACAAAAAUUCACAAUAUAAAUGUCUGUUGUAUUUCUCUUGAGCUUAAUGUAUAGGGUUUUAGACAAUGCUUGGUGCAGUACUCACCUUACCUGGGUGACCAUGUAGUAGGAACAGAGUUAGAGCUGUUGCCCACUACUCAUAGGAUCAGUAGUUUGAUUCCUGGCUCCAUUGUGUUAACGUAACCCCUGUGUGUGAAUGUGUUAGCUUGUGUGACCUAAUGGGUGAAUGUGGCGAUGUGUCAAAGCGCUUUGAAAUUAAAAGCACUAUAAAGUGUUUUGAAUUUAAGUGUCUGCAUUAAGGCUACUUCUAACAGAAGGGCACAAAUGCUGACUAUAAAAUUAGUACUGUAUGUGCCUGCAUGAUUCUGAGAAAUUCCAUAAACAGUACAGUACCUAUAUACAAAUAUCUAUUAUACUGUAAAUAUCUAGAGAGUUAGAGAGUACUAACUCAGUAGUACCACUAGUACAGUAGUACCAAUGUUUUCCCAAUAUUAAGAUUGUCUAUGUGCAAGGAUGCAUUAUAUAAAGUGUCAAUCAGUGUCAUGUAUACUUAAUAAAAGUGUACUGAAUAUAAUAAUC